AUGGCCCAUGAUACGAGACGGGGAGAGACAACAGCACCAACGAGCGGGGGCAGUGGCAGCGGCAGAAACGGAGAGCAACAAAGACGGAAGCAAGGACUAUCAAAAUUAGUUGUCGCAAGAUGCGGCACGCCCCUCACCCCCUUUGCGGGUAUUCCACUCUACUACACUACGGUACUCUACACCCUGCGACGAGUAAGCACACCUGGCUUCUUUUUUGACGACUACUACGUAGCGCGCGAGGGAGUGAAAUUGGUCCCCGGAGAGGAGGAGCUAGACGCGAGAGACACGCUACACACGCUACACACGCUACACAACACUCACUACACACACCAUACGGAGCUGGGACUGGCGCUGGGGGCAUCCGCAUCAGGUAACAAUAGCAGCGGCUUCAUCAGGGGGUCAGACAACGACGACGACGACGACGACGACGACGAAGGAAAGAAGAUGUGGUCAAGAGUGUUGAUUUUGACGCCCACGGUUGAUUAUGCAAAUCACCAACACCAACACCAACGCCCGAAAUGA